AUGUCCAACCCCUUCGCUCCUUUCGAGGCCGCCGCUGCUGCAAAGAAGCGGCCCGGCUACAAGGAGGAUCUAAACCAUGUCUUGAUUUGCCCUGAAUGCAAGGAGAACCCGCCAAACCUGAUAGAGGAGUUUUCUUCGGGUGACAUGGUCUGCGCGUCGUGCGGCCUGGUCCUUGGUGCUCGCAUCGUUGACACUCGCUCCGAAUGGCGUACCUUUGCCAACGACGACCAAGGGAAUGAUGACCCGUCUCGUGUCGGCGAUGCUCCCAACCUGAUGAUUGAUGGAGAUCAGCUCCAGACAACCAUCGCCUUUGAGGGCAAGAAUGCCAAGAAUUUGGCGCACCUUCAGAACAAGGUCACUCAGGACAAAGCCUCCAAGGUGCUCCUCGACGCGUACCGGAAGAUUCAGCUGUACACGGACAAGAUGAAUAUCGGUAGUCAGGUUGCCAACGCAGCCAAGCAUAUCUUCAAACUAGUCGAGGACAACAAGGCGCUGAAAGGCAAGUCUCAAGACGCAAUCAUCGCCGGCUGCAUUUUCAUCGCCUGCCGGCAGACCGAUUCGCCACGUACAUUCAAGGAAAUCUUCAGCUUGACCAACGUGAGCAAAAAGGAGAUUGGCCGCGUCUUCAAGCAGCUCGAGGCCUUUCUGCAGAAGAUGGGCGGCGAGGCCGAGAUUGCCAGGGCGAGCAUGUUCAACCAGCAAUACCAGGCUAAGGGCUCCACAAGCGCCGUCGAGCUGUGUGCUCGCUACUGCAGCAAUCUCGACUUCCGCGACCCGGUCCGUGUCGAGAACGUGGCCCGCCGCCUUGCCGAGAAGUCAACGCAGGUGGCUGACCUGGCUGGUCGAUCACCGCUUUCGGUUGCGGCGGCUUGUAUCUACAUGGCCUCUCAUCUGGUCGGCCAGCCCAAAUCUUCCAAGCCCAUCUCCGUUGUUGCGGGAGUCAGCGACGGCACAGUGAAGACUGCAUACCGGUACCUCUACCAAGAACGGGCCAAGAUCCUGACCGAAGAGGUGUUCCCAGAGGGUGUGCCCAAUGCGGAUAAGCUGCCCGUGAACUAG